GUGUCGUUCUUCUCCACGUCGCCCGAGCUCUCCAACAAGCAGCGCUUCGAGUUCUUCUCCCGCACCAUCCCCAGCGACCACCACCAGGUGGCCGCCAUGGUGGAGAUCGUCAAGAGGAUGAACUGGACGUACGUCUCCAUCGUGUACGAGGAGAGCAACUACGGCAUAAAGGCGUACGAGGAGCUGGAGCGGGUGCUGGCGCUGCGCAACGUCUGCAUCGCCGUCAAGGAGAAGCUGGAGAAGGACUCGGGGGUGGCCGAUGAGGAGUCCUACGACAAGAUCGUCGACAACCUGCUCAGCAAGCCCCGAGCCCGCGGCGUCAUCAUCUUCGGCUCGGACCAGGAGGUGGCGGGCGUGAUGCGGGCCGUGCGGCGCAAGAACGCGACGGGCCGCUUCUCGUGGAUCGGCUCGGACGGCUGGUCGGCGCGCUCGCUCGUCUCGGACGGCAACGAGCCCGAGGUGGAGGGCACGCUGUCCGUGCAGCCGCAGGCCAACCCCGUGCGCGGCUUCGAGGACUACUUCCUCAACCUCACGCCCGACAACAACAAGCGCAACCCGUGGUUCGUCGAGUUCUGGGAGGCGCACUUCCACUGCCGCUACAACAACAGCCCCGCCACGCCGUACAACCAGCAGUGGACGGAGCCGUGCGCGGCGCACCUGCGCCUCAGCAAGAACAACACGGACUUCGAGGACCAGCUGCAGUUCGUGAGCGACGCCGUCAUGGCCUUCGCGCACGCGCUCAAGCAGAUGCACCUGGAGCUGUGCGGCGGACAGACCGGCCUCUGCGAUGCCAUGCAGCCCACCGAAGGCAACAUCCUGCUCGGCUACCUCAGGAACGUCUCCUUCACAGGAUUGAGCGGCGACAAGUUCCAGUUCGAUAGGAACGGCGACGGCCCGGCGCGCUACAACAUCAUCCACUUCAAGCAGGUGGAGCGGGGCCGGUGGAGCUGGGUGCGCGUCGGGGAGUACUCCGGCAACGAGCUGCACCUCAACAUGAGCGAGAUCCAGUUCCAGCUGGAGUCACCUUCGCCGCCCGUGUCUGUGUGCAGCCUGCCGUGCGCGCAGGGCCAGGCGCGGCGCUACGUGGAGCGGGAGAGCUGCUGCUGGCACUGCUUCAACUGCACGCAGUACCAGGUGCGGAACCAGUCGGACGAGACCCGGUGCGACGAGUGCGCCAUGGGCACGCUGCCCGACGCCCUGCACACGCGCUGCCUCGCCAUCCCGGAGGACUUCCUGCAGGUGGACUCGGGCUGGGCCAUCGGCGCCAUGGCCUUCUCGUGCUUCGGCAUCGUCACGACGGUCCUGGUGCUUGGCGUGUUCAUCAAGCACCACGACACGCCCGUGGUGCGCGCCAGCGGCCGCGAGCUGUCCUACGUCCUGCUCACCGGCAUCCUCUUCUGCUACUGCGUCACCUUCCUGCUCGUGCUCAGGCCGACCGACUUCGUCUGCGGACUGCAGAGGGCAAAUGGGGGAGGGCGCCAUCAGGGGCCGCAGUGUAACUCACACGGCCACGUGCUUGCUUCGAUAGGUUUCACCAUGUACACCACGUGCGUCAUCUGGCUGGCCUUCGUGCCGCUGUUCUUCGCCACGGCCAACCACGUGGCGCUCAGGAUCACUUCCAUGUCCGUCACCAUCUCGCUGUCGGCGUUCGUCACCGUGGCCUGCCUGUUCACGCCCAAGCUCUACAUCAUCGUUUUCCACCCCGAGCGCAACGUGCGCCAGUCCAUGAUGCCCAAGACGAGCAAGGUGCCCACCACCAUCAAGAGCUCUGCGGCCACGGCCUCCACGGCCAUGCGGCCCGCAGUGCCCACCGCGGCCAUCGGCACGGCCGCGGCCUCCACCACGGCCCCCGACAAGCUGCACAAGGCGACGCAGAGCGACGAUCCGCCCCAGUACGUGGCCAACGGUGGCAUCAAGAUGAGCCGGUCACAGCAGACGUCGCUGCUGGACCUCGACCUUACCGCGGCCGACCCGCGCCCCGGCCCGACCGUCGAGGAGGUGCGGGCGCCGGGCACGGAGGACCCCGAGCAGGGCGUCGUGCCGGCCUCGCGCCUUGGCGACGAGGACGCGGAGCAGCUCCAGGCCGCAAACGGCUCCGUGCAAUCCACCCCCAAAAAGGGGUCAACGGGAUCUGCCACAGAGAUCAUCACCGCCAACCCCGCGAGGCUCUCGUCGCUCGACUACAUCGACAUGGACGUGGAGAGGCUGGUGCAGUCGCCGCCCCCGCCAACCGCCGUCCCUGCCGCCCCGGCCACCCAAGUUGAGUCCAGUGGGGACAGCGCGUGUGGUGGCGCAGCCCCUGUGCCGUUGGCGAACCACCACGACCACGACAACCACCAUCACCACCAUCACCACCACCACCACCACCAUCACAACAAUCAUCACCACCAGCACCUGAACAACCACAACCACCGCGCGGCCGCCUCCACGCCGGCCGAGCAGCAGGUGUCGACGGCGGCGGCGGCGGCACAGGGCCCCAACGGCCCCCACGUCCUCCACUCGUAGCAAAGCGCCCCCUCACCCCACCGCCCCCAGCCCGGGCAUCAGCCCUCCGCGGGGCGCGCCCCCGCCUCCCUGACGGACUCGCUGGCGGGUGAGGGUGAGGAGACUGCGCGCCCGGACACGGCCGCGGACACGGCCGCGGACACGGCCGCGGACACGGACACGACGGGGAGCCCAGGCCGCAGCAGGCGCCACCGCCACCGGCACACAAGGCGGCGGUCUCCUGUCCUCGUCUGAUGGCUCGCUGCACUUGAAGGCAUCCCCCGAUCAAACCAACGUAACUGCACACAUUUUUCCAGAAGCAGUUGCGGUCGAUUGAUCCGGGUAACUAGGGAUGGGGUACUGAGACACCCUCUGCCUACUCCAGGAAAGAGUGGGCGUGCGAGAUAAUGUGACUUACUCCCUCCUGAAAUCAGCAGAGAUUCCCAUGUGAUCUCAAUGAACUCGUUGGAGAACAAUCAUGCUCAAGUUAUGUAUAAAAUGAAAGUGUAAAUACGUGUAACCAUAUGUGAGAUGUGAUAAAUUGGCGGGAGUACUGUUGCAGCAAUAAACCCCUUCAUAUUUUGAAAUUUGCCAAGUGGGAGAUAGUCAGGGCUACAAGUUCAUCAAUUCACACAUGACAAAACAUGCCAUAUCCUUGUAGGCCCGUAUUUCAAACUUACUGUAAUUUAUCUGUAUUCAAUAAAGCCUCAAAUUUCAUUCAA